AUGGCACCCCCACUGUCCUACUACAGUCCCCCACUGUCCAUGUCUAGACCCCAAUCCAACUGUCCAUGUCUAGACCCCCACCCCCACUGUCCUGGUCCAGCUCCCCACCCCCACUGUCCUACUACAGUCCCCCACUGUCCUACUACAGACCCCCACUGUCCAUGUCUAGACCCCCACCCCCACUGUCCUAGUCCAGCUCCCCAGCCCGACUGUCCAUGUCUAGACCCCCACCCCCACUGUCCUACUACAGUCCCUCACUGUCCUACUACAGUCCCCCACUGUCCAUGUCUAGACCCCCACCCCCACUGUCCUACUACAGUCCCCCACUGUCCAUGUCUAGACCCCCACCCCCACUGUCCUACUACAGUCCCCCACUGUCCAUGUCUAGACCCCCACCCCCACUGUCCUAGUCCAGCCCCCCACCCCCACUGUCCUACUACAGUCCCCCACCCCCACUGUCCUGGUCCAGACCCCCACCCCCACUGUCCUAGUCUAGACCCCCACCCCCACUGUCCUAGUCCAGCCCCCCACCCCCACUGUCCUAGUCCAGCUCCCCACCCCCACUGUCCUAGUCCAGCCCCCCACCCUCACUGUCCAUGUCUAGACCCCCACCCCCACUGUCCUACUCCAAUCCCCCACUGUCCUAGUCCAGCCCCCCACCCCCACUGUCCUAGUCUAGACCCCCACCCCCACUGUCCUAGUCUAGACCCCCACCCUCACUGUCCUAGUCCAGACCUCCACCUCCGCUGCCAUGUCUAG